GCGGCUAAGCAUGACUGAGCCAGCCUCGAGCAGCAGAGACCAUAUUAUCAUUUUCACCACUGUUAGCCGUGAUGACUGUUAUUAACUAUUUCAACCCAUAUGACGACUGAUCCGAGCUCCUUCCCCAAAGAGCCAGCUAGGAUGGAGAACAAAGACCUGGAAGCCGAGAUCCACCCGCUGAAGAACGAGGAGGGCAAAGGUCCCGAAGGCCUGGCCAACUGCACCCAGAAGGAAGCAGCCCCCAAGAAGCUCAAGCGGCUCUCGCGAUGGCGCACGGCAGCCUUCUUCCUCUCCCUCUUCCUGUGCCUCACGGUGGUGUUUGCCUUCUCCUUUAUCAUCCCGUGUCCAGUGAGGCCCAUUUCCCAAAGGAUGUGGAGCAGAACUUACGAGGACACAGCAACCUACGCGUUCCUGGCCAUGCAGGACGUCAACAAGGACCGGGUCCAGGACGUCCUCUUUGCCUUCAAGGCUGCCAGUGCCAGCAGCAACAGCACAAACAGCUCUUGCGCCAGCCAAGGCUUGGCCUCCCCCUGUGCCUUCCUGGCCGCUCAUUCAGGCACCAACGGCAGCACGCUCUGGCAGAGGCCUGUCGCCCAAGAGCUCCUGCUGAUGGACUGCUCCAGGGAGCAGGAUCACACUCCAGCCUGCCUCAUUGUAGGGGAGCCGGACAUCCUGGCAGCCAUCGACCUGGAGACAGGCCAGACUCUCUGGAAUGAGGCUGCCAACCUCAGGCCUAAUUCGACAGUGCUGAGUCCAUUGCUGAAGAUCCCAGAUGUCGACGGAGACAGCACCUCUGACCUUUUGGUCUUCGCUGAGACAGGAGAGGAGAUUCAAGCCCACUUCUAUUCAGGAAAACAUGGCACCCAGAUUGGAUCCAUUGGGACCUUACAUCUUCCGGGAAGAGUCGGCCACCUCAUGCAAGUCACUCCGAAGGACUCCCACUACGUGCUGCUGUACACAGCAAAGGCCCUUUACGCCUACUCUCUGAAAGCGCUGUGCCAGAUUGCGUUCAGCUCUACUGCCCACAGCAGCUCUGGUCUGACGGAAGAUCCACUCUGGGAGAUGGCGAUCGACAGCGCCACGCGCCAAAUCACCUUGCUCAGCACGGGAGAAAUCCGCUACCUGACAAAGAUGCCUGUGUCUUCGAGCGCCGAUUUUCUGGUUUCAAGAUCGAACAUGAUUGAGCUGGUGGACGGGCAGCGCUUGGGCUCGAUGUGGGUUACAGAGACACCGCACAUCCUAAGCGAACCUGUGCUUGGAGCCUACAGGCCGGACGAGGUCGACGUUAUCGUUAUGACCAGAGACUCUUCCAGGAAGAAGGUCAUGGUCAUGGAAGGCACCUCCGGAGACAUCGAGUGGGAGGCCGGCCUGAAGCUGCUCUCGGGCACCGACAGCCCCCGGCCAGCCACCCUGUCCACCUUGGACCGCAGAUCGGUCUUCCUCUUCUGGGGCCAGUACCAGAGGGACGCAAACGGAACAGGGUCCUGGGACAGCGCCCAGCAGCAACUGUACAUGUUCCACCCCGCCUUGCCCAAUGUCCUCCUGGAGACGAGCAACGUCACGGAGCACAUCGUGGCCUUUGAGGGGGUGCUCUUUGAGCGGAGCCGCCACGCCUGCUACGUGCUCCUGACGGGGCCCCAGGUAGGGCAGGCCCCCGGGCAAGUGAUGCUGUCGAAGUGGAAGCUGAAGGAGGCCAUCGCCGGCAGCCGCGUGAUCUGGCUCAACCAGGUGGCGCACAACAGCGAGCAGAGCGUCCGGGAGCGCUUCCUCAGGACGAGGUACCGCAGCCCCCAGUGAGCGCCGGCAAGGCUGGGGUGCGGGGAGAGGACGACCCCGGAGGACCCGAGGCCGGCAGAGGCUUCCCGCAGUGCCAGAAGGCAGAGAAGAGCCACCGCGAGGCUGACGAUGGGCAGGGCUGGCAUGGCAGGAGGGGGCAGAGGCGGCCUUCCCAGCGCUGCUCCUCGCCCGCACCCAGGGCCCUUGCCCUUGGGGAUUCCUGCUGCAAAGGCUACCUCUCUCUGUCUUUGUGGAGGCCUGGAUUGGGGGGCAAGCAAGCAUGUGGCCCCUUGACUGGCACUGGAAGGCUCCCCCACCAAUGGACUCUCCUGGGGGGGAGGAGAGGGCUCAGCACCCCACACUUCACUGGGGUUGAUGUCUACAGCCCCCACUCCCUUGGCUGCCCAGCUCCUCCUUCCUCCCUCUCGCUGCUGCCUCCACCGGCUGGGAGCCAGCAGGGAACCAGGGAGUCGUUUGGGGGUGGGGGCCUUGAGAGCUCAGUGGGACCCUAGCCUGCAGCGCUCAGG